AUGGGAGUCGUGGCCGACGUAUGGCAUCGAAUAUGGGACAGUAUCGUCGAUAACCGACACAAGCUCACAGCGACGGGCGGCUUUCUUCUUGGAAUCAUCGUCACCCUAGGAUUGAAGGACUUCUAUCCAGACCUGGAACAUGCCUAUCGCAAACGCAUAAAGCACCUGCGAGGCCAAAACCACCCAAGACCAGGCCACCCAGACUAUGUCCGACUAGAGGACCACACAAGGCGAAAGUCCUCUGUGCUACCAGAAUCGAAUCUCGAUGCCAGAUGGUCACAGUCCAGUGCCAUAGCUCCUCAAGAUGAGAUCAGUGUUGGUGUUGAAGGCCUAAUAGGCAAUACGCCACUGAUCAAGUUAAAAUCUUUGAGCGAAGCAACAGGAUGCGAAAUUCUAGCCAAAGCAGAAUUCUUAAAUGGAGCUGGCAAUUCGCCGAAAGACAGAGUGGCCCUGUCAAUGAUCACGCAUGCUGAAGAAGCUGGAAUUCUCGUACCUGAUCGUGGCGACACAAUCUACGAGGGCACCGUAGGCUCAACGGGAAUUUCACUCGCAGCUGUGGCGAGGGCGAGAGGAUAUAAAGCACACAUUUGCAUGCCAUCGGACACCUCUACCGAAAAAUCCGACAUCCUCCUCAAACUCGGCGCAGCAGUCGAACGCGUGCCUCCAGCCUCAAUCAUCGACCAAAACCAAUUCGUCAACACAGCCCGUCGUCGAGCACAAGAGCACACUGACGACCCAAAUAAACCCGGCGUAGGUUUCUUCGCAGACCAAUUCGAAAACACAGCAAACUACCUCGCACACCAAUCCACCACAGGUCCAGAAAUCUAUUCCCAAACUUCCGGAGGCCAACUUGACGCUUUCGUAGCAGGAGCUGGGACAGGAGGUACGAUCGCUGGCAUAGCGUUAUACCUCAAGCCUUUAAUCCCGAACCUCAAAAUCAUCCUUGCAGAUCCUCAGGGUAGCGGUCUUUACAAUAAGAUUCGGUAUGGGGUUAUGUUCUCAUCUACAGAAGCCGAAGGCACGAGACGACGGCAUCAAGUUGAUAGUAUUGUCGAAGGAGUCGGAAUUAAUCGUCUGACUAAGAAUUUCCAGGCUGGGAUGCAUUUGAUUGAUGACGCGGUGAAAGUGACAGAUGAACAGGCGAUGAAGAUGGCAAGAUGGUUGGUCGAGAACGAAGGGUUAUUCGUUGGCGCGAGUAGUGCUGUGAAUCUCGUGGCUGCUGCGACUAUGGCGAAGAAAUUGGGAAGAGAUAAGAGGAUUGUAACGAUAAUUUGUGAUAGUGGGAAUAGGCAUCUGAGUAAAUUUUGGAAACAGGCCGGAGAGAUUGGUGGAGCAGACGUAGACUUUAGUCUAGAUGAGAUCUUGCAACCGUGA